AUGAUCCUGGCAUAUUUCAGAGAACAAUAUAAAUUGAGGUCCAUUUUGCUUCUCAUUUCUCCAUUCCUCAACUUCGUUUGCAUUCAAAUAUCAUUUUCUCGCUUGUUACAUUGCUGCAUUAUGUCUUCCUCCAACAACACUGUUUCCUCUUCCACCAACAAGGCUGCUGGUAAAAAACGCGCUCGUGAGGAGCUGGGUGAGAGCGCACGUCGCGAGACCUCGCCUUCCCCAGAUGGUCCACCUGAUGAUCCAGUGUUCACCUAUGUCCCAUGGGAGCGCCCCACCAGAAAAGGAGACAGAAUCAAGAAGCUUUUUCUGGAGAGCGAAUUUUGCAAUUUCAUGGAACGGACAGAAAGUGCACUCUAUCAGGAUGGGGACGAGGUACGACCUCGCAAAUACCUCUUCUUAGAGGGAGGACGACAGCUCGAUUUGUCCAGAAAACCCAUGAAGCGUAGCAAUUUUGAGAUAUUCUGGGCACAUGAACCAUCAUUGUUCAAGCAGCUGAAGCGUCGUAACCUGAUGCUUGUCAAGGAACAAGACUGGCAACGACUUGAAGCGUCAGCAGCAGCCUCGCAGAGUGCACCGCAGGUUGCUGUCACUUCAGUGGCAACCGAGACUUAA